CUUUGAAGCAUAGAUGUGAAGUGUUUUUAGCUUUAAGAUACGACAUGUAGGUGGAGUAUUAUAACUGGAACAAAACUGACAGACAACGCGUUUCACUUAAAUAAUCAACAACGCAUUUAUUAUAUAGGCCGUAAUAUAAUGUCUAUAGCGAACGUGACGUCAAUGCAAGUCUUCUUAUUAUAGCUUCAAAUUUAAGAGCAAGGGGCGUGUAUCAUUCAGGUCAAAGGUCACGGCAGCGCUGUACGGUGAUGUCUUAGACGGAACAGGAUAAAGUCCCCUUUGUACGGAGCGCGGCCUGGUGUGGGCAGGUCAAUUUUUAGGAAAAAAUCAUGAGAUUCUGCCAAACAAUGACAGUCAGGUGCACGUAAAGUUAUCUAUUACGAGGGCUUGUUCUGGAGGAUUGGUGCGUGAAUUCCUCUGUAAAAUCGUUGUUGAAUCCAUACCCACAUAGUAAUUAACAUUAAUUGAUUUUGUCAUCGCAUAUUUGGAAUUAUUUAAAGUCCUGUUUGAAGUUAAUCCAGCAAGAUGCCACACUGGAAUAAUGAAAACGGAGGACAGAGGGACAGUAAGCUGGAGCUUACGUCUGUAGAACUUAGUUUUGAGAAGAAAGGAUGGUUCGGAAGGCGUUCCAAGAUGGAAAAGGCCAUGCUGGUGAUCCUGUUCUGUCUCGUGGUCACAGUUAUUGUACUGGCUGUACUAUUGGCGGUGAGAUCAGUAAAGGAGGACGAGGAAGAUAUCUGCGUGACAACGGACUGUACAGAGUCAGCUGCAAUGCUUCUCAACAAUCUGGAUACAACGGUUAAGCCAUGUGAGAACUUUUUCGAUUUCGCCUGUGGGACGUGGCGAAAGAAGAACAUUAUCCCGGAGGAUCGUUCAAGUCAAGAUGUAUUCGGGUUAUUACGGGAUGACGUACAAGUUGUCCUAAAAAACCUGCUGGAGGCUCCUAAAACAGAUAAGGAUAUAGAGGUGGAGACAAAAAUAAAGGAUAUGUAUUCCUCCUGCAUGAAUCAAGAUCUUAUUGAACAACGAAACAUUUCGGUAGCGUUUCCGAUGUUGAACGAACUUGGCGGUUGGCCGGUACUGGGUUCGAAACCUGGCGGUAACUGGAAUGAGAGUGAAUACGACCUAACCCAGUUAAUGGUUAAACUCAUUAAGUAUAACAACAAGCCACUGAUAGAGAUGUACGUGUAUACGGACGUGAAGAACUCCACCGUCAGGGUCAUUUAUGUGGACCAGCCCGGGUUUGGAAUGCCAGGACAAAAGUACUACCAGAAAGGGCGCGAUGACGUCAUGGUGAAGGCUUACGAGGAACUAGCUAAAUCAGUCAUGAUGGCGUUUGGUGCUACCGAACAGACAGCAACCGAUGAUACAAAAGCAAUGGUCGAUUUUGAAUUUGAUAUUGCAAAUAUAUCCAUGGCAGCCGAGGAUAGACGGGACAGCAAUGUUCUAUAUAACAGAAUGCCGUUAUCUCAACUUUCAGAAAAUUUUACGGAACCUGCAGAUGUGAAGUUUAAAUGGGAUGAUUACAUAACCGGGAUCAUGAUGAUGGAGGGAGUCAACAUCACAGUGAACGACAGUGAACCAAUUAUAGUUCGGGCAGUGCCUUUCUUCGAAAAGCUCUUUGGCAUCCUACAGAAACACGGAAAGAGGGCUGUGGCCAACUACGCCCUGUGGAGAAUAAUGAAGAAUAGAAUAUACAACCUUGACGAAUCAUACCAGGACCUGAUAACUAAAUAUAACAAGGUAUUAUAUGGAACUGCUGUUCCACGUGCAAGGUGGCGUACUUGUUCCUCCUACAUCAACUCCAACCUUGGCUUGGCCCUGGGGAGACUUUUUGUGAAAGAAGCAUUUGACGAAGAGUCCAAGAAAGAUACGGAAGAACUGAUAAGGCGACUCAAGAUAGCCUUCAACGAGCUUGUAGGAGGAAACGACUGGAUGGACGAUGCCACCAGGAAUUUGGCAAAAGAAAAGGCAAAUGCCAUCAAACAGAAAAUUGGCUACCAGGAGAUACUACUAAAUGAGAAAGAACUCAACAAACUCUACAUCAAUUACACAAUUCAGCCUGAAAAGUACUUUGAGAACGUUUUGGGAAUUAUCAACAGAAUAUCCAUCGACACUGUCAGACAGUUACGCACGGUAGUCGACAAAACUUGGUGGACAACAGCCCCUGCUACAGUAAACGCGUAUUACAACUCAGUCUUAAACAGAAUUAUGUUUCCAGCUGGUAUCCUGCAACCGCCAUUUUACGGGAAAUCUCAGCCAAAGUCGAUGAAUUACGGCGGAAUAGGCGUGGUCAUUGGACAUGAAAUCACACACGGAUUUGAUGAUAGAGGCCGUCAGUACGACAAGGACGGUAACUUGGAACAAUGGUGGUCAGACGACGCUAUCACAAGGUUUAAGGCCAAAGCUCAAUGUAUCAUUAAUCAGUACGGUAACUUCUCGCUUCCAGAGGCGGACGGAAUGAACCUAAAUGGCAUCAACACACAAGGGGAGAACAUUGCAGAUAAUGGUGGCCUGAAACAGAGCUACAGAGCCUACCGUGACUGGAUCAAGCAGAGAGGGCGGGAAGAAGCACAACUGCCCGGUGUCAGUUACAACCAUAAUCAGCUGUUCUUCAUCAACUUCGCACAGAUCUGGUGUGCUAGCAUGCGCAGAGAAAACGCCAUCAAUCGAAUCCUCACAGGAGUACACAGUCCCGGGCGAUUUAGGGUCAUUGGAACAUUACAAAAUUCUCCCGAGUUUGCUGAAGCCUUUAGCUGCCCUAAAGGCAGUUACAUGAACCCUAAUAAGAAGUGUGGAGUCUGGUAAAUAUUGUAUCUUGAUUGAUUAAAGUAUUCAUGUUAAAAAUUUACUGAUGAUUGAUGAUGACAAUAUAUAUGUGCCAUUUAGAUCCAACAAUGAUUUUAGUACUGAAAUAUCAAUUUAGAUAUCAACAUCGCAAUUUUUAGUUAAAACAUUAUCAAAUAUUUGCAAUUUGCCAAAAUGUGCGUGUCGUUUAGAUAGAAAAAAUGUUUUCAAGAUUAACAAUUAGCAGGAAUAUUAAAUAUAUCCAGUAUUUACGCGGUAAAUGUUUUGAGACCACAUCAACAACGAACUUAUUAGUGAUUUUAAAAAUACUAACCAGAAAGGAGUACAGUGAUUGGAGUCUUUAUUUGAUUUUUUCUUUCUAUGUCAAAUUAUGUUAUUCAAUCAUUUUCAUUAUGCAUAAUGUCAUUACAUCUGCUAUGUGAAUGUGUCCAUUAUUCACUUACACAGUUAUAUUACAUUGCUAUUGUAAUGGGAAUAUUAACACAAUUUAUAACACAUAUUGAUACUACAUUGUAAUUUUCAUUAUGUCCAUGAUACAUUGUAUACAAUGAAUUAAAAGUUUGUUAUCUUUGAUAUCCCUUGUACACAAUUAUGUUAGUAUCAUGUGAGUCAUCCUCGAACUCCAAGAGUACCGCUCUAGAUACACUUUAAUAUGCUCCUAUGUUUUACACCUGUAAAAUGCAUGAGAAAACAAAUACUACAUACGCGACACCAGUCUGAUACGUGCAAUGAAGAUCAACGGAACCGCUCGGCAGCGUGACGGUAAAAUUGACAAGAUUUUAAGUUUGAUACAGCUCCGGUGUAAUCUUCCAUGGCCAGGCAUAAGCUUAUGGAUUGGUCAGGUUUUUCUUUACCUGAAACCGUUAACUGUGGGCGUUCGAUUUUGUUAUGACAAACUCCAGGAGUGCUGCGAAGGUGUGUUUUAUUUCAAGAGAAACCAUUGUAUUUCCUGGAUGAAUGUGAAUAUUUUCAUGCUGCAUUGUACAUGAUAUUAUUAUAUUGUAAUAUGAAUAUAUUCAGGAUACAUUUUGCAAAUGAUAUUUCAUUAAAUGUAAACAUGACCACUUCAUUGUUUUCGAAAUGAAUUAUACAUUUACUUAUAUACAUGUAUGCGUGUUAUCUUCAAUUCUUCUGUUAGUUAAUUCAUAUCAAUAUCAGACCUUUUUUGUUUUCAAAUUUUAAACGAAUGACAAAAUGUUUAUUUUUGUAGAAUUUUAUUUGAAACACAAUGGUAUACCUCAAGUGACUUUUAUGAAUUUUGCAUUCAUUUAAUUAUUCUUUCAUUGCAUAUUUGAUACGAAUAUAUAUUUCAUACUCAUGUUGUUUCUAGAAUGUCAAAGUCCCGUUAUAGUAUGAUGCCGGUAAUUAUUGUUAUGUAUAGUAAACACAUAAUUAAUUGAAUAAAGCUUUGCCAAUAGGCAAUCGACCUUCGAGAAGGAAUAUAUAAUUGUUCCCCUCAUUCUGUGUUUGUUUUUUUCAAUUUAGUAAUAUCAAUAAUUCUGAUACUUCGAAUUUGUAAGAAUCAACAAUUUCAAGUUAGAAACUUUUAGAAUCUGCCAGAAACAACAUGUAUAUUGAAAAAAACACCAUAGUACACAAUAAGUAAGAAAAAAACAUAAUAACCCCUUUCGAAACAGUUUGACAAUAAAUACAAACAACAACGUCACAAUACCUUACCGUCUCCUAUAUUGUAGAAUUGUACAGUUUCAUGGGUAUCAUCGUUGUCUUUAUAAUAUUUCAGAGAAUAUAUCACGUGGUUCUGUUCAAACAAGUUAUCAACUGUCUGGUGCUGUUAUUCGGAAUUGCGAGUUUAUUGAAUAUAUGCAUGUGAUAAACUUUAUCAUCAUUUAUGACUCUGAAUGACAUUCCAUUACCUUACUUAUGUACAUAGGGUCCAUAUUAUAAAUAAUACACCGACUUCCUAUAAAUAUGUACGAUUUAUCUACAGUAUGUAAGAUACGAGCAUGCUGUAUUGUGUUACAUGUGCUUCAAAUGUUAUAAUGUCAAUAUCCAGUAUAACUUAAAACAUGUAACUGAUCAUUAGCACUCUAACGCUAGCUUUAGUAUUAAAACAUGUUUAUUGAAAUGCUGUUCAAAUGUUGUUUUUAAUUUAACAGUUUAAGACUCGAUAAGUAUCACAUUAUAAUACUGCAUAUCAAUGGCGACAUGACUAUGAUGUCCAAUAAAAGAAAUAAAGAACGUGUCUGCAGCUACAAAUCAUUUCCUUGUAAACAAAACCCAACAAUUAUGUAUAUAAUUGGUGUACCAAUUUUUAUCUUCGUUUUGCUUUUUGCAUCAACAGAUUUAAUUUCAAACAUGUGCUUCCUUCCUUCGUAUAUUGAUUCGUUAUUAGUUGCACGUGCAAUCACCUGUGUGUGUUAAGUUCAACCUACUAUAUCGUUGAUAAAGAUCUUAUUUUAAUACUUUUUAACAUAUGUACAUAUUCAGCUGUCUAAUCAUUUUAUUUUACCAGCAUCCAUUAUUUUCUGGAAAACUAUUUUUUAUAGUUUAACUACCAAUAUGACAGACAAUACUCGGUAAUGGACUUUAACAAAAAUACAUCAAAAGUUACUGUUCGGCAAUAUCGUUAUUUACAAACCCUUGGGUGACGAUAAAAAGCUUUGAGACAACAAUGUAUUGUAAUAUAUAUCUUUGUUAUUUUUGAAGAUCACUUGCACAACAUUCACCGAAGGACGCUAAUAUUGAGAGAUUUAAGUCCAACAUACUGCAUGUUUAAGGGUAAAAGUACAACUAUGCAAAACGAAGGAGCUUCAGCUGUGUAUCAACAAUGUGAACAUAUGUAUCAUAUUAUAUGUAAAAAUGUAUGAUGUAAACAAGAAUAAAUUUAUGUAAUGAAUUUGUAUAUUUCACUCGCA